GGGGCAUCGCGAUGCUGCUGCGCCUGUUGUUGGCCUGGGCGGCCGCAGGGCCCACACUGGGCCAGGACUCCCGGGCUGCUGAGCCGCGCGCUUCCUGCAGCCCCGGCAGCUGCUACGCGCUCUUCCCAAAGCGCCGCACCUUCCUCGAGGCCUGGCGGGCCUGCCGCGAGCUGGGGGGCAACCUGGCCACUCCUCGGACCCCCGAGGAGGCCCGGCGCGUGGACAGCCUGGUGGGUGCAGGCCCGGCCAGCCGGCUGCUGUGGAUCGGGCUGCAGCGGCAGGCCCGGCAAUGCCAGCCGCAGCGCCCACUACGCGGCUUCACGUGGACCACGGGGGACCAGGACACGGCUUUCACCAACUGGGCCCAGCCAGCCACUGGAGGCCCCUGCCCGGCCCAGCGCUGUGUGGCCUUGGAGGCCGGUGGCGAGCACCGCUGGCUCGAGGGCUCGUGCACACUGGCUGUCGACGGCUACCUGUGCCAGUUUGGCUUCGAGGGCGCCUGCCCCGCACUGCAAGAGGAGGCGGGCCAGGCCGGCCCAGCGGUCUACACCACACCCUUCCACCUGGUCUCUACAGAGUUUGAGUGGCUGCCCUUCGGCUCCGUGGCCGCUGUGCAGUGCCAGGCUGGCAGGGGAGCCUCUCUGCUCUGCGUGAAGCAGCCGGAGGGAGGUGUGGGCUGGUCACGGGCUGGGCCCCUGUGCCCAGGGACUGGCUGCGGCCCUGACAACGGGGGCUGCGAACAUGAAUGUGUGGAGGAGGUGGAUGGUCACGUGUCUUGCCGCUGCACUGAGGGCUUCCGCCUGGCAGCAGACGGGCACAGUUGUGAGGACCCCUGUGCCCAGGCUCCCUGCGAGCAGCAGUGUGAGCCCGGUGGGGCACAAGGCUACAGCUGCCACUGUCGCCUGGGUUUCCGGCCAGCGGAGGAUGAUCCGCACCGAUGCGUGGACACAGAUGAGUGCCAGAUUGCCGGUGUGUGCCAGCAGAUGUGUGUCAACUACGUUGGUGGCUUUGAGUGUUAUUGUAGCGAGGGUCAUGAGCUGGAGGCUGAUGGCAUCAGCUGCAGCCCUGCAGGGGCCAUAGGUGCCCGGGCUUCCCACAAUCUCGAGGAUGAGUUGCUGGUUGAUGGGGAGGAUGAGUUGCUGGUUGAUGGGGAGGAUGAGGAAGAUGAAGAUGAGGCCUGGGAGGCCAUCGAUGGUGGCUGGACGGAGAUGCCUGGGAUUCUGUGGAUGGAGCCUACGCAGCCACCUGACUUUGCCCUGGCCUAUAGACCGAGCUUUCCAGAGGACGGAGACCCACAGAAACCCCACCCGGAGCCCACCUGGCCACCCCCGCUCAGUGCCCCCAGGGUCCCCUACCACUCCUCAGUGCUCUCUAUCACCCGACCAGUGGUGGUCUCUGCCACGCACCCCACACUGCCUUCUGCCCACCAGCCCCCUGUGAUCUCUGCCACAUACCCAGAUUUGCCCCGUGAACACCAGAUCCCUGUGAUUGCAGCCAACUAUCCAGAUCUACCUUCUGCCUACCAACCCGGAAUUCUCUCUGUCUCUCACCCAGCACGGCCCCCAGCCCACCAGCCCCCCAUGAUCUCAACCAAAUAUCCUGAGCUGUUCCCUGCCCACCGGUCCCCCAUGUUUCCAGACAACCAGGUCACUGGCACCCAGACCACCACUCAUUUGCCUGGAAUCCCACCUAACCGUGCCCCUCUGAUCACCACCCUCAGUGCCCAUCAACCCCCUCUAGCCCCAGAUGUCCCUAUCCUCAGAACCCAGGCCACCCAGCUUCCCAUUAUCCCCACUGCCCAGGCCUCUGUGACCAUCACCUCCAGGUCCCCUGUGUCCCCUGCCCAUCAAGUCUCUGUGCCUGCUGCCACCCAGCCCCCAGCCCUCCCCACCCUCCUGCCCUCUCGGAGCCCCACUAACCAGACAUUACCCAUCAGCCCUACACAUCCCCAUUCCAAAGCCCCCCAAAUCCCAAGGGAAGAUGGCCCUCAUCCCAAACUGGCCCCGUGGCUGCCCUCAGCAUCUCCCACGGCAGCCCCAACAGCCCUGGGGGAGGCCGGUCUAACUGGACACAGCCAGAGGGAUGACCGGUGGCUGCUGGUGGCACUCCUGGUGCCAACGUGUGUCUUUUUGGUGGUCCUGCUUGCACUGGGCAUCGUGUACUGCACCCGCUGUGGCCCUCAUGCACCCAACAAGCGAAUCACCGACUGCUAUCGCUGGGUCACCCACGCCGGGAGCAAGAGCCCAACGGAACCCAUGCCCCCCAGGGGCAGCCUCACAGGGGUGCAGACCUGCAGAACCAGCGUGUGAUGGGGUACAGACCCCCCCUCAUGGAGGACGGGGAAGGGGUGUGUGCUGGACGCAUGGCCGAGGCUGCACCAGGGACCCAUGGGGGCGCCCAGCUGGACAGAUGGCUUCCUGCUCCCCGGGCCCAGCCAGGGUUCUCUCUCAACCACUAGACUUGGCUUUCAGGAACUCUGCUUCCUGGCCCAGAGCUCGUGACCAAGGAUACACCAAAGCCCCUAAGACCUUAGGAGGGCGGGUGCUGGGGUCUUCUCCAAUAAAUGGGAUGCCAACCUUGCCCAA